UUCUGUUAUCACUUUUCCACCUCUCUCCACCUUCCCUUCUGUCCGGCAACCUCUCGCUCUCUGCUUCUAAAUUCUAAUUCUAGAUCCCCUCGCCCCCUCCUACCAAGUACCAUCCUCACAACGAACCAGUCAGAAGAAGAUUUAUCAAUCAACCGAUCAAAAACCACACUAUCAGACGAGCGGCAUGGCUCUCAACCAAAUUACCUCCUCUUCUCGUUCCAAGCUCCUCAAACCCCUCUCCUGCUUUUCCUCUUCUACAUCCCUCCGCCGUCCCUUCUCGUCAUCCUCCGAUGACAAUACAGUCAUCACCGUCGAAACUAGCGCUCCCUUCGUCGGUCAUAACAUCGACCCACCCUGCCGUUCCGUCGAAACUACCCCAAAGGAACUCCUUGGCUUUUUCAACGACAUGGCGGUCAUGCGCCGUAUGGAGAUCGCUGCCGAUUCCCUCUACAAAUCCAAGCUCAUUCGUGGUUUCUGCCAUCUCUAUGACGGCCAAGAAGCCGUCGCCGUAGGCAUGGAAGCAGCCAUCACGAAGAAGGAUUGCAUCAUCACCGCUUAUCGUGACCACUGUAUUUUUCUCGGCCGGGGUGGGACCCCCUUCGAGUCUUUUGCUGAAUUGAUGGGUCGUAAAGCUGGAUGCUCCAAGGGGAAGGGAGGUUCCAUGCAUUUUUACAAGAAGGAAGCUGGGUUUUAUGGUGGACAUGGAAUUGUUGGUGCACAGGUGCCACUCGGGUGCGGUCUUGCCUUUGCCCAGAAGUACUCCAAGGACAACACUGUGACGUUCACUAUGUAUGGUGACGGUGCGGCCAAUCAAGGCCAGUUGUUCGAAGCUCUCAAUAUGGCCGCUCUUUUGGAUCUACCUGCAAUUUUGGUCUGCGAGAACAACCACUAUGGAAUGGGGACGGCAGAAUGGAGAGCAGCUAAGAGUCCAGCUUAUUACAAGCGUGGGGAUUAUGUUCCUGGUCUGAAGGUAGAUGGGAUGGAUGCUCUUGCUGUUAAGCAGGCAUGCAAAUUUGCCAAGGAACAUGCUCUGAAGAAUGGACCCAUUAUUCUUGAAAUGGACACUUACAGGUACCAUGGGCACUCCAUGUCAGAUCCUGGAAGCACCUAUAGGACACGAGAUGAGAUUUCUGGAGUGAGACAGGUGCGUGAUCCAAUUGAAAGGAUAAAAAAGUUGAUAAUAUCUCAUAACCUAGCAACUGAAAAGGAGUUAAAGGAUAUUGAGAAGAAUCUCAGGAAAGAAGUAGAUGAAGCCAUUGCUCAGGCUAAGGAAAGUCCCAUGCCCGAUCCUUCUGAACUUUUCACCAAUGUUUAUGUAAAAGAUUUUGGACUUGAGGCAUUUGGAGUAGAUAGGAAGGAAGUCAAGGUCGUUCUUCCCUGAAAGGAAUCGAAGUUUCAACUUUCCACUUUCAAGGACGAUUUAACCAAAUUCCAAGAAAUAAAAGGUUAAGCGGCGGUUGAUGAUUAUUGGCUUUUCCCAUCCUCAAGAAAAAAGGAAACUCCAAAGGAUAAAAGAGUCAAUAGCUGGACUGAAUCAAAUGGGCUCCAUUUAGAGUAUUCUGGAUUUGAUUUUUUGUUUUUUGUUUUUUGUUUUAAAUUCUGCCGCAGGCUACGCAAGAAUGAAUUUCAAUAUGAUAUUGAAAUAAAAGUAUUACAAAUGACAGUUUUGGGAAAGAAAUAAUAGUUUUGAUUUUAUGUUUCUCUUAA